AUGUUUGCCUAUGUCUUUGAUAACUUGGGACCAAUCACCAUUGUUGUCGUAUCAGGCGACCCGUACAUAUCUUACGCUCUCUCUAUUCUACGGCUUCGAGGACACCAAGUCGUGGUCAUAGCGCCGAAAGGGUGUGGCAUGCCCGUCGAGCAAACUGUUGAUAUGUUCAUGGAUUGGGAAAGCGACAUAUUGGCCAAGAGUCAAAAACUAUCAAACAACCCAUUGCACCGUACCUCCUCGGCUCUGCCAGGCCGUAAUGGGGAUGCAACCUUGUCUCUGGGGUCCAAGGUGCGAAUCAAGCCGCCUGAGAACGAAUGGGAUGGUUCAUGGAUCCUCCGGCUGUCUUUGUUUCCCUGGGUCGUUUGUGAAGUGAAGACUUCGGAUGGAACACCGAAUCCUGGUCCUUCAUCUGUGUCUGCAGAAGGCCACUCCAGUCCUACCGUUAAUUCUGACGGUGAAUCAGCUAGACCCGACCCUCCCAGCCCCGCUUUUAUGCAUUCGGAACUCUCAUCACCGCGUUCGGUUGCCAGUAUCAUCUCGCAACCACAAUCGCAACGAUCCUUACCUUCCCCUGUCGAUCAUCCCCAGGAAGAUGUAUCUCCCAUUCCUCUGGAGGACAUCGCCUCUGUAGAUCACGGCUCCCCGGACUCCUCCAUUUGCAGCUCCCAGGGCACACCCGUACCACCGGACUAUCCGCUUCCUUCGACGCUUUCUGAUCCGUCAAAGCCUUCGGUGGCGCUGCAGUCAUCCUUCCCUGCAGUGUUGCCGAAGCCGUCCAUCCCUCCUCAGCCAUCCUUUCCGACUCCACCGACAUCGAAUGCUGCUGGAACAACUUCACCAGCUAGUUCGACACCGACGCCGACGGUCAAGGCCGCGCAACAAUUUUCUAUCGUGUCAGGGCAGCAGACGCAGCCUAGCUCCCUGUCGACCCUCCCCACCAUAGUAACGCGGCCAUCACCUGAGGCCAUAUCACCAAAGGCUGUCGUAGCUUCUCUGGCAGCCAGUGCCAGCCCAAAGGUCUCGAACCCCACUCCCGCGAAGCCAUCUUCUCCUGCUCCUGCACGUACCGCCCAACCCGUCAACAACACAGAGCCUGUGAUGCAGGAGCAAUUCAAGCCGUUAGCAAGGCAUCUUGAAGCAGCUCGGCGGCGGGGAAACGGAUUCGUCUCAUACACGCAAGCGGAAUCGAGCGUCUGGACUGACCAGGCCGUCAAGGACGCAGCAGGCGCUCGGACCUUUGACUCCUAUAUCCAGAUGGCGGUUCAGUCUGGAGUGGUUUCGGUUAUCGGCAGUGCGAAGUAUCUGGCCUUACAGAAGGCGUGGCACGGGAAAGUACCUUAGGGCCUCACAUAUGUCGUGGCAGACUUUUUGGUCUCUUCUCUAUUGCAUUUCUUCAUCUUGCGUCCCUUCAGCGCCGUCGAGAUACGC